CUUGACUUUAGGAAAAAUUAGGAAUUCUUUUAUUUAUUCUUAUGAGAAUUACAAAAAAUGCUGCAAAGAAGUCAAAAACCGUUACAUGCUGAUAAGUGAAACUUUGCAAAUGUUUAGCUCACUCAAUUUUAUUGAACCUCGUCCUUAAACGAAUAAUAGGCAACAUGUUAGAAUUGUGAUCACCAUAGCAACAAGCCAACAUAAACAAUUUCAAUAACAAUUUUAUUUUAGUUCCAAAACAAAAGAAGCAGAAUGUCAAUUGAGAAUUUCUUUUAUUUAAAUAUUGUUGGUGAAAUAAAAUCAGUCAAAUUCCCACUUGGACCAAAUGGAAGUGGAGUAUUUUGUCGAUAUGAUAUAGUGGCUGGAGAUGAUUGGGAAAUAGUUUCUGGAAUUAAAUCGGGCAUAACACAAUGUGCGAAUGGAGGAAAAGAAUCAGAUGAAAUUGUUUUCAAUAUGCCGAUUGAGUGUACAUACAAGUCUACAAAUAUUUAUGGAUGGCCUCAAAUUGUAUUUAGCAUAUACGGUACAAACAUAUGGGGAACAGAAGUUAAUUUAGGAUAUGCCAGAACACACGUCCCAUGCUUCGUUACAAAAGAAAGAAAGAAAUCGGAUUUUACUGUACUUAAAGCACCCAUAAUUAUACCAAAAUCGACAAAUAUUUGGUCAUCUUGUAUCAACUUUAUAACAGCACGCAAUCCAGAGCUUCGAGAUCCAAAAAUUCUCAUUGACGGAACGAAAACAAAAAACUUAUUUACAUCGUCGUACGUAGUUCAAAUGGAGGAUGAACGAAAAAAGAAGAAACGUCGCGUUAAAAAGAAAGAUGUUGAUAAUUUUCCAUGCAAACAUGGAAAAAGAUCAAAAUCUGCGAUACCCUACGAUCAGGUAUGCAAAAAAAGAUAUCACGAAUCGGUUAUGAAAUACAACAAACAGUUUUUAUCUGAGCUUGAAUCAUUGGAGUGGAUGCAGCCAACGGCUUAUGAGCAGAUUAGAUUUCAUCGACUUUUUGCAAUAACCACAUUAUGGCCACCGCUACACACUCGAAAAGAGAUCGAAUAUACAUUAAAUAUUCUUUAUAAACCAAAUCGUAAAGUUGCAAAGCGAGUAGAAGAAAUAUUAAAGGAGUUUUAAAGCAAAAAAUGAUUAAGGCUUUUCACGUUCACUUAAUAAAUAUGUCAUCAAUUCUUUUUUAUAACGUCCAAAAACGUUUUUUUAUUUUACGAAAUUGGCCGAAU